AUGGCCGCGGAUCGGCGCCCCAAGGGAGCCACUCUGGACUUGAGGCACCGGCUGCUCAGCUCUUCCUGCAGACUCUUUUUUCCCGAGGACCCUGUUAAGAUUAUCCGAAGCCAAGGGCAGUACCUGUACGAUGAGCAAGGGCGAGAGUUCCUGGACUGUAUCAACAACGUAGCUCAUGUCGGUCACUGCCAUCCCACUGUGGUCCAAGCCGCACACGAACAGAACCUGAUACUCAACACCAACAGCCGAUACCUUCACGACAACAUCGUGGACUAUGCCCAGAAGCUGUCGGAGACCCUGCCGGAGGAGCUCUCUGUGUUUUAUUUCCUGAAUUCUGGGUCAGAAGCCAACGACCUGGCCUUGAGACUGGCUCGCCAGUGCACAGGACACCAGGACGUGGUGGUAUUAGACCAUGCUUAUCACGGUCACCUGAGCUCCUUGAUCGACAUCAGUCCCUACAAGUUCCGAGACCUGGAUGGCCAGAAGGAAUGGGUCCAUGUGGCUCCUCUCCCAGACACCUACCGGGGCCCCUACCGAGAGGACCACCCCAAUCCAGCAGAGGCCUAUGCCAGCGAGGUGAAGCAAGUGAUCAGCAUCGCACAGGAGAAGGGCAGGAAGCUCGCUGCCUUCUUCGCUGAGUCUCUGCCCAGUGUGGGCGGGCAGGUCAUUCCCCCUGCUGGCUACUUCUCCCAGGUGGCAGAGCAUAUUCGCAAGGCUGGAGGGCUCUUUGUCGCAGAUGAGAUCCAGGUUGGUUUUGGCCGAGUAGGCAAGCACUUUUGGGCCUUCCAGCUGGAAGGGGAAAACUUCGUCCCUGACAUUGUCACCAUGGGAAAGUGCAUCGGCAAUGGUCACCCUGUUGCCUGUGUGGCCACUACCCAAGCUGUGUCAAGGGCAUUUGAAGCCACUGGUGUAGAAUACUUCAAUACGUUUGGUGGCAACCCAGUGUCCUGUGCUGUGGGGCUGGCAGUCCUGGAUGUCUUGAAAACAGAGCAGCUCCAGGCUCAUGCCGCUAAUGUGGGCAGUUUCCUAAUGGAGCACCUCAACCAACAGAAAGCCAAGCAUCCUAUCAUUGGAGAUGUCAGGGGCUCUGGGCUCUUCAUCGGUGUGGAUCUGAUCAAAGAUGAGACCCUGAGGACACCAGCAACUGAAGAGGCAGAAUACUUGGUCUCCAGGCUGAAGGAGAACUACAUUUUACUGAGCACUGAUGGCCCUGGGAGGAAUGUCCUCAAGUUCAAGCCUCCAAUGUGCUUCAGCCUGGACAACGCACAGCAUGUAGUAGCAAAGAUGGAUGACAUUCUAACGGACAUGGAAGAAAAAGUAAGAAGUUGUAAAACACUGAAGAUCCAGCCCAACUCAGUCAAGCACCUUUCAGAAGAAACUCAACCUACUCAAAUACAACAGGAUGAAAAGUUGACCUCCACCUUACAGAUAAAGCAAGUGUAAGGCUUUGUUUAAAGCCAUACUGCCUGCCACCGUCCCUAAGCAUUGGCCCUUUGAGAGAUCAGCUUCACAUCUAAAUACGAACAAGACUCAGUCAGACUCACUUUUAUGUCUGAAAACUUUGAAGGGGAUGUGUGUGUGUGUAUAUAUAUAUAUAUUUUUUUUUUGGUUUUUCGAGACAGGGUUUCUCUGUGGCUUUGGAGCCUGUCCUGGAACUAGCUCUGUAGAGCAGGCUGGUCUCGAACUCAGAGAUCCGCCUGCCUCUGCCUCCCAAGUGCUGGGAUUAAAGGCGUGCGCCACCAUC